CAACGCAGAUCUCCCAUCAGCUGAAGAGCAGCAGCAACUCUGACGGCAUCUGAGGCGACGAACACAGCUCUGAUCUGCAGUCAGUAGGGAGGGAGCUGUAAAAGCAAAUGACAGUCCUGGGAAAGGCGUAGGAGAGGUCGUGAGGUGUCUCCAGCUGCGAAUUAACAGCCAGUUGAAAGAGUGAGAGGAGAGGAGUGCUCCAGUGCAACAGUCCACCUUCUCCACUCUCGGGCUCGCGCACUCUCUCUUCCUGAAGGCGAAGGACCUUUCCCCUCCUGGAGGAAUUCAGCCAUGGAGGAGAUGCUCACCUGCAGCCGCAGCCCUUUCUCCCAGGUGUUUGGGCGUCAGGGUCAGCUCAUGCAAGCCACUGUGCAGUCUCUGAACAGCCUGAAUGACCAGAUUGCAAGCUUCAUGGUGACUGGACCCAAGGCCCUGGAGCAGGAGGAGCAUGCCUUCCGUCCUCCCGAGAAGGAGUCACUGCAGAAGUCCAUGACCCUGAUGAGGCACCUCCUUGUGGAUGCACAGGCAAAAAUCCUGAAAAUGAUGGAUGACAACAAGCAGCUGGCCCAGCGCAUCGAUGGGGCCAUUCAGUCCGCCAGCCAGGAGGUGACCAACCUGCGCUCGGAGCUGAGCGCCACCAGCCGCAGACUGGCCGAGCUGGGGGCAGCCGAAUCUGCCAGCAUGCUUGAGACCCUGCAGCACAACCACAACGAUCCCUCUUCCCAACCGAGACAGAAGCCGCCGGCCACUGACCUCUGCUACAAGACAGAAAUCACCAGCCUAAUGGACUUCAACUCUCCUGAUGCUUCACUGGAUAAAGUCCUGCUGCGAGAGGAAGUGGCCCAGCUCCAGGAGGAGGUGCACCUGCUGCGACAGAUGAAGGACAUGUUGAGCAAGGACCUGGAGGAGACCCAGGGAGGCUGCUCGGCCGACGUGCUCUCCGCCACCGAGCUCCGCGUGCAGUUGGCCCAGAAAGAGCAGGAGUUGGACCGAGCCAAGGAGGCUCUGCAAGCCAUGAAGUCGGACCGUAAGCGUCUGAAGGCGGAGAAAGCUGACCUGGUGAACCAGAUGCAGCAGCUUUAUGCCACGCUGGAGAGCCGGGAGGAGCAGCUCCGUGACUUCAUACGCAACUAUGAGCAGCACAGAAAAAGCGAGGAUGCGGUGAAGGCGUUGGCUAAAGAGAAGGACCUGCUGGAGAGAGAGAAGUGGGACCUGCGGCGGCAGACAAAGGAAGCCACAGAGCACACGGGCAUGCUGCGCUCCCAGCUAGACCUCAAGGAGAACCGCAUCAAGGAGCUGGAGGCUGAGCUGGCCAUGAUGAGUAACUGUGUCAAUCAGAGAAUGGAGUUCCGGGUGUUUGAGCGGGUUGCAGACAGGGACUACUCUUCUAGGGUCAUGGCGGCCAAACAGUCACUAGCCACCCUGACCAAGGACGUGCCCAAACGUCACUCUCUGGCCAUGCCAACGGAAACUGUUGUCAACGGCAACAAUCAGGAAUGGGUGAUGCAGGCUGACCUUCCCCUGACUGCUGCCAUCAGACAGAGUCAGCAGACCCUCUACGUCCACACGGGACAUCCCUCUGACAGACAAGUGGCUGCCGUGCGGGUGAGCCCAUGCCACUCGCGUCAGCCCUCUAUCAUCUCUGACGCCUCAGCGGUGGAGGGAGACCGGUCGUCCACACCCAGCGACAUCAACUCGCCACGCCACCGGACUCACUCCCUCUGCAAUUCCCUAGAAGAUCUGGAGGAGGCGAAGCGUAAGAAGAAGAAAGAGAAGAUGGGGCUGGGCUCUCUGUCCCGCGUCUUCGCCCGGGGAAAGCAGCGCAAAUCCCUCGACCCUGGUUUGUUUGAUGGUACUUCAACGCCUGAUUAUUACAUAGAGGAAGAUGCAGACUGGUAAAAGCACACAAUGUCCGAGAGAGCCACCUGGAGAGCCUUUGUGGCAGUUAUCAGAAGACAGCAUUGUACUGAAGUGUGCGUGUGAGGAUGUGUGAGUGUUUGAUGUCAGUGUGUACAGGUAUAGUAACGUGUGCAUGUGAAGUCUCACAUGCAUGCAUAGUUGCGUGCAUAUAUGUGUGUGUGUGUGCGUGUGUGUGCAUGCAUGCAUCGUCCAUGGUCAGAGGCCAUGUCAGAAGCCGGAGGCGCAUCUUGCUUCACUGAAGUGUAAACCCUAAAGAGUAAAUUGCACCUGUAUGUAUGUACAGCCCUGUAAAUAGAGUGGACAGUGUGACACAGCGACAAUGUGGACAUGUUCUGUUGUAUCUGCCCUCCAAAAUGGCUGUGUUAUCGGAUCUUUUAAUUGUUCUUUAAAUUUUGACUUUGUGUUUUCACUCAACUGGAAACUUGAAGGACUGCUGUACUUGUAAAUAACAACAGUUGAUGUGCACUUUGUGCUUGUAAAUGUCUUCUUGUCCUGAAUGCCCUUUGUUAUUUUUGACAUGUACUCCCCUCCUCUCACUACCGUUCAACUUAAACUCUUCCCUGUUUAUUGUCCUGCCUGGUCCAUCCUCCCCCCUCCUCUCACACUGCCAUGACGAGAACAGUUUCCUGUAGGCAACAUGCAGACUCCUCAAAUCCACCUCUAAUUCGGUUAUCCAACAUGUCCCUCAAGCCGCUAAGAAAACUGUGUGCUCCUUGAUGUUUGCUCAAAUGAGACUUCAAAGAUGCUGCUGAGCGAGGAAUGAACAUUCUAUGCAGAACAGUUUGUUCCACGGCAACAUGAAGCCAAACAGGAAAUGAAAUGUGUUUUCUAUCUGUUCAGAUAGAAGGUACAUGUGUAAGAUACAUGUGUGACAUGCAUGCACAUAGUCCCAGUCCCCGAAUGCAUGUUGAACAAAACCCUACUAAACAGAUAUGUCUUUCUCUGGGUAUGUCGUCAAGGAGGUGAUAAACUGUCUGUUUAAAAAAAGAGAGGGAGAGAGGGAGAGAGAGAGGUCAGUUGCUGAUUUCAUGAUGUUUAUUCAUGAUUUCCUCCAUUUCAAUUGAAUUUAGUAGAUUUGUUAUGCAGAAAGCGUUCUGAUUAAUGUUCAAGAGCUUAACAUUUUCCCAAACUAAACAUAGAACAUUUUAAUCUGCACCUGCAAGGCUCUUUAUGUAGAUACACAUCUGCAACAUUAAAGGUCAGCAACGACAACAGCCACAAAGAAAAGCACUACUGCAGCACUACUCUCAAAAUUAUUAAAUAAUUAUUUCAGAAUCUUACUGCUUGUAGCUAUCAUUUCAUUAAUGGUUAAAAAGGCUGUUGAGAGUAGAUUUAUUCUGGGAAAAGUUAGCCUGAAAGUGAAAGCUAUAAUGGCAAAGUGAGUGAUAGCUUAAACAUCAUUUAAACUGACAUAGUAGAUAUCAGACUAAUGGUCAAAUCAGAGCUUCAUUUUAGAGGCCUGAGCUCAGAGCAGGCGUUAAAUGAACUGUUAUAACAUUAACAAGUGCCAACUCUGGAGGUUGAAAUUCAGAUUUAAGGGGGCUAAUCAAACUGAAGCAAAUACAUACUUUCUCCCGUGACCCUAUGAACUCACCAAAAGAUUCAGACGCAGAGUUCAAGCCAUUCCUGAAAAAAGCAAUUAACUUUGUGCCAAAGGUUAAUAACAUUUCUUAAAGCAAAAGAAUGACUAAAGACAUUGGAUUAUUUUCACCCUUUCAUUGGAUUGAGCCGGAGUCUGCACUGCCACCCUCAGGAAAUCUUUUCUGUCUGUGAUAUUAGACUAACACUGGGUAUUUGUCGGUCUCAUCUGAAACACUGUAGAGUCACAGAUUACAUUGGAGCUGUGUGUAACCACAGUGCUUGUCAAAAAGCGUAUGCAGUGAGGGGAUUAUUUUAACCCAUAGCUCAACCUACAUAUGGUCUCACAGACAUUGGAUUUAGAGAUGAAUCACUAAGGUAAUUCAGAGAUAAGUCAUCAUGUAUUAAAUUGUAUGCAUAAUAAAAACAGCUCAAGCAGUUUAUUUCAUUAAACAUUUAAUGAAAUGUAUGAAAAUCUAGGCUUUUUUUUGUUUGUUUUUUGUUUUUUCAUUUAACCAAGCAUUAUGAUCCUCCGCUGAUGAGGGGGGAAAAACAUAUCAAAUGAAAUACAUUGUAUGGGUUAUGUUUUGAGCCAUGGAUAUUUUUUUUCUCACAAAUAUUUUACUUUUUGUAAAUGAGAUAACAUUACAGAAAUAAAAAUAA